ACAAUUGACAAGUAGACUAGUUGCGUGGCUACAAUUGAUCAAGGUACAGGACAAGAACAACACCUUGAAAAUGGCAGACCUCGAGGAAAAAACACCAUUACACGAAGAAUCAGUGGUUGAACCAGAUUCUAAAGCCCAAUUUGUGAACGGGGGUAAAGAACCACAUGUCGCCAUAGAAUGCGGCUCGGGUGACGACGUGAGUUUCACUGGGCUGGGCAAGGAAGAGCUGAUGCAAUAUGCCGACGACCCUUUCUGGAAAAAAGUGAGACUGAUCCUCCUGAUCGUGUUUUGGGUAGGAUGGGUCGCUAUGCUGGUGGCUGCUAUUGUCAUCAUUGUCCUGGCACCAAAAUGUCCUUACCGACCUGAGCAAAAAUGGUUUGACAAGGACACUGUGUACGAAAUCCUCCCUGAAUCUUUCCAAGACUCCAACCCUAAAGCUGAAAAGGCGGACACCAAGACAGGAGAUGGAGUGGGAGACAUUACUGGAAUUCAAGCUCGUUUAGAUUACCUGAAAGAUGUUGUUGGAAGCAAAGCUCUUUACAUCAACUCACUGUAUGAAAGUGAUGAUGAUGAUCGCAUGGCCAUUGUCGAUCAUAAAAAAAUUGACUCUGUGUUCGGAACAAUGGCAGAUUUUGAUACACUUCGCAAAGCCACAAAGAAAAUGGAAAUGCGUCUGAUCAUGGACUUCAUCCCUAAUCACUCUGGAAAGAUGAACGAGUGGUUCAAGAAGAGUCAGAUGAAAGAUGGAGUAUACACCGACUACUACAUCUGGGCCAGCUGUGAUCCAAACACCAACACCUAUCCCAACAACUGGAUGAGUGUCAAAGGAGGACGAGCGUGGACGUAUGACGACACCAGAAAGGAGUGCUACUUCCAUCAGUUGGAGAGCGACAAGCCAGACCUGAACCUCAGGAGCGCAGACGUCAGACAGGAACUUGAGAGCAUAUUGCGUUUCUGGUUGGAUCGAGGAGUGGAUGGUUUCCAUGUCCAGAAUGCUCAGUAUCUGUAUGAGGACGAAAAUCUGGGAGAUGAAACUCUGAUAACUGGAAAAACAGGCGAUAAUUACGCUGAUUUUGAGCACAACCAGACCAUGAACCAUCCAGAAAAUUUGAAGAUUCUGCAAGGCUGGCAGAAUGUUUUGGAGUCGUACAAUACCAAGCCAGGCAGAGAAAAGGCUCUUAUUGUGACGGCUAAAGAUGAUCUGAACACAACCAUGGAGUACUUUGAUGCAGGAGUCACCAUUGUACGAGUCACCCCAUUGUCCGACAGUGGUGCUUCAUUUGCUGAACGCAUAGAGACCAAACUAAAAGAUGCCAAUUCCAAGAGAAUCGGAUGGAUGUAUGGAGACAAAUAUUCCAGCCGUUUGGCCGACAGGUUAGUUAACCCUGAACAAAUUAAAGCUUUGUUGACUUUACAAGCCACUCUGCCUGGAGUCCCAUUUAACUACUACGGGAAUGAGAUCGGAAUGACUGACCACCCCACAUUGUCUGCACCUAACAAGUACAGGACACCAAUGCAAUGGAACUCUAAAGGAACAGGAUUCUCCAAGAAUACUCCAUGGGUGGAUCGAAAUGCUAACUACAUUACAGUCAAUGUUGAGACUGAAAAGGCAAUUGGAGAUGAAUACACCACACUUAAGGUGUACAAAAGGCUUCAGGAGCUGAGAGAGAACGAGUCUUUCCAGUGGGGAACAAUGAGUGUGUAUAGAGAUGGAGACCUCCUGAUGUACACCAGAAAGGCCGAUGGAUUCCCGGGAUACCUGGUGGCCAUUAACCUCGGAACCAGUAAGGUGACCGAAUCUUUCCAUGCAGCCACCGGAAUUCCGAAGGAAGUCAAGGUGGUCUUCCAUACUCACAAGGACGACAACAGCGCCAUCAGUUUGUCGGAUACUUCCUACAUACUGGAUCCUAGUCAUGCAGUUGUUUUGGAAUAUCAAUAAUGUUUUGUAAUUAUGGAAACAAUGUUUUAAAAGACCAAGAAAACAAACUAACUUUGAAUCCCAUAUUGUCUUUAAAAGCAAUUAAGAACAUAAGCUUAAUUUAGAAAUAAAAGAAUUUGGAUUGCUUAAUAAAAUUGAAGUCAAAUUAGA